AUGGGGCGCGGUGGGGGCGGUUGCUACACGGGGAAAGAUGAGAAGACGGGGAAACUGACAGCAAGGAGAAGGGAAUUCGAUCCUAUCCCAGAGCCACCCUACAGGAUGUCGACGGUUACGGAAUGCCGGAAGGAUUUUGAGAACUCUGUGUUGCUUCGGCCUUUCCACAGAGAAGCAUGGUUCACUUACGUGCCUGAGAUGCUCCUCCUCUGUAACGAGGCUGCGAAGAGAAAUGUCAGGAAGAGCAUAUCGGUGCCAAAGGAGAAUGCAGACGGGCUUCUUUCGAAACCACUAGGGCUGGAGUACAUAGCAGACCGUGUUGAUACGGACGAUCCUAUCCAAGGGUAUCUUGUAAGGACGAGGGAUGAGGGCUGGCUGCAAGGGUUCAUCACUGUGACGACAUUCACAACGUGGCAUCGUGAGUUCGAAUGGAACUCACUCGUGCAAGAGGCGGGGAUAAGCGACGAAGACAAGCAGAACCAUCGUUGGGAUUUCGAUGGAUCGCUAGCCAAGGAGUUGCAGAAGCAGAAGCGAGUGGGAGAUCCGCAUAGGGAAGGGAUCGUAUGGAAGAGGUUGGCUGAGGUCUCGUUGCUUGGCGCCUUGGGCUGCGGAUCGCAGCUGUUGCAACUUGUGAUGGAAGACCUGGAGCAAGGGGAUGAGUACGACUACAUCAUUCUACAAGCCACAGACAACGCCAUCAGUUUCUAUGAGAGGAUGGGCUUUGUGAGAGUCGGGGCUAUCGCGCGACCAGAUCAAAAUUUUCUGAAUCGCAAAGGGAAAGUUUCCACAGGGGAGAAGCCGGGAGUUGGCAACAAGAACAAGGAGGAGGCUGUCACGAUCAAGAGAGAGAAGAUGAAAUUUCGGCGAGAGAAAGUCACUGCCUCUUAUGACUGGCGUCCUUUUUGUGUCAAAGUUCUCAAGCAUCUUCUCACACUUCCCGAGGCGAAGGUAAUCAAGGACUCAAGGCCGAGUGCCUUCAAGUUUGAGCAACAGCGAUGCCUAGACUUGCAGUCGCUGGUCGACGCGCUGAGAGACAAGGAGUCUGAGGAGCAGAAGAAGAUGAUGCAAGAGCACCACGAGUUUGAUCCGACCUCCUGGAUGAAAACCGCAUGGAUCUCGAACUUCACUAAUGCUGAAGAUGUCUCGUUUGAAGUGCAGCUGCUGCUGAACUCCUUUAAGAAGGACCCAAAUCUCAACGAAACAGUGAAGUCCGCUGCUCAAAGUCUUCUUGACUCGUUUUGCAAAGCUUGGAAUAGCUUUGGAGAUGAUCUCGUCACCGAUGGAAGCCAGGGCGAGAAGUACACUCCCAAGAAGGCCGGAACAAAUCACACGCCCACCAAGAGCGCAAGGUUGAGGGAGAGUGCAACGAAAGAGGAAGAAGCUUCGAAGAUGGGUAAAGACAACCAAUUCUAUGUGUACGUCGACAUCGAGUGGAGGGAACAGCGAGGGUUUCGACUUUAUGAGAUCGUUGGCAAGCUCAACGGAUCAGCAAAUAAGCAGUCGGGAAGCAAGGGAUUGCUCAACGUGAGGGAAUGGUAUUCGGCCAAGGAGCUGGAGCCAGCGGAAGGAGCAGAUCGAGACAACCUCCCCUUCCUCCCCAGGUCGGCGAAGGCCAAGAAGAUGCAGUGGUCUCAGCGUCGCUGUGUAGAUGGGAUCUUGCAGACAGCUUCGCUACCUGUGGCUGUCAGAAGCUGCCACAAGCAGCUCGACGGGAAGAGAGUGGACUAUAUCGAAGUGGAAGAUCAGUGCCUGAGAGUCACCAUGGCGUACGCGAAGCUGAUGGCCAUCCGCGGGAUCGAGAGGUUCGAGCGCUACGGCGACGGAGGAUAUGACUCGCGAUGGGAUGGGGAAGGAUCGGGGUCGCCGGAUGACACGAAGCUGAGCGAGUACGAGUUCAAACGUCUCCAGAGGAUGCAGGAGAACGAGCGACUGAUGAAGGCGACGGGGAUACUUGACCAUGAGCAGAGCGUCACUCAGGGGUCGAGCUCUGAGAACGAGGAUGCAGCUGAUGCUCAUGACGACACUUGCUCCAAUCGCAAGCAGGAUGCGAUGCUGGGAGAUUUGAACGACGUGCGGCCAAGGAGUCAGUCACAGUCGAUGAACGGGGAGGAGUCCGUGGACUCGGAUGGAACGACAGACAGCGCGCAGAAGCCCCACAGGCCCCAGAAGAAGCGGUUCUUGCCCUUGGAUUCUCAUGGGAGCCCAAAAGUUUUUCGCUCACUGGACAUGGACAGCGUUAGUAGCCAGAGCAAGAAGAAGUUUGUUGCAGAGGAGGAGACGAGUAUCAAAAAGAUUGCGGAAGAAUGCCACGUCAAGCUUGAUCGACUGCUGCAGAUCAACAGGGGCAACUUUCCCGAUCUUCAUCAGUACUCGAUCAUUCCCGCUGGGACAGUUUUGCAACUUCCUCGACCUGGGGAGGUCUGUGAAUUCAUUCCGAAGAAGAAACUCCCCCGGGCUCCGACGGGAUGGUCAGGUUACUGUCACUGGACGUACCCCGACCAGUCCAUCGACGAGCUUUUUCCAAGCUACAUGAUGGCCAAGAAGAUCAUCAGAGAGAAAGACGGCGUCGUGAAGCAAGCUCCUUCGACGCUGAGAAAGAUGUUGGUUGACUGUCCUCCUCCGAUCGUCUCCACCAAGGAAAUCCAGCAGGUCCGGAAGAUCUCAAAGCUCAACAGUGAGUUCUGGCAGGAGCAGCACUCCUCCAUGCAGGAUGGGGAGGAGCAGGAAGCUGCAGCCUGCUCGUGGCCAGUGAACGGAAUUUACUGCUGCCUCCAGAACGAGAGAGCGGAGGAUGUGGCCAAGAAGUUUCGGGUGGAUGCGGAUCGCUUGAUCUUCGUGAACAAGCUCUUGAACCCUCAGCUUGAGCAGAGGAGGGCGUUCAAGGCCGGAAGCAGCGUUGUGCUCCCCCUCCACCCGUCCUUGGUGGAGCAGCAAAAUUGGAUCAAGGACUGUGUGGAAAUUCUCGACCUCCUGCGCCAGUCCCAGCAUGCGCUGCACUUCGAGGCACCCGUAGAGUGGAGGAGAAUGAAGCUGUUCGAGUACCCCUUCAUCGUCACUCAGCCCACAGACCUCGGGACUGUGCAGAUGCGCCUCCUGGCCGGUCAUUACGCAACUCCGGAGGAUUUUGCGGAGGCGACGAUGAAGAUUUUCUUCAAUGCGAUCGUGUUCAACAACACCCCCAACGAUACCUUCCGCAAGAUGGCGAACAAGCUGAUGAGCAACUUCGAGCACCGCUGGUCGAAGAUCUAUCCUCCCCUCUCUCCUGCCAUCCUGGGCGAUCGAUCCAAGAAGGUUAAGUUCUUCAACAAGGUCGUGAAGCUAGAGGAUGAGUCGGCGCUUUUCUACUUCGUGCUCCACUACGUCCCCGACCUUCACUGGUGUCACCUUGCUCCGAUGCAGCGCGAUGGGCUCGUCCCAUACCAGAACAAGCAGGGGAAGCCCAACGCGUACGCGGGUCACACCAAGUGGAAGCUCGUGCCUGAAGGAGAGGCCGAGGAGAUCGAUGUCAGCGGCUUCCGCUGCAUCCCCGUCAGGAGCGUGACGGUGAACAAGACAAAGAACGCUGACCUGGAGGCCUGGGUGAUCCUCGGGGAAGGAGGAGGAGAGGGACAGGAGAUGGACGUGCAGAGCAACACGCAGGAGUCAGCGGACUGCGAGAGCGAGGAGGGCAGGCGUUGCAGGAAGAUCGAGAGAGUCCCGGCGAGACUGCAAGAGGAAGGGGGGCGAGCGGAGUGUGCAAGAGCGCUGAGAAGGAUGCUGGCAGAUGCAGCUUACAAGUUGAAGACACAAAGGGGAAGGAGGUCGGUGGAGCAAGAGGGUCUGCGCUUGCGCCUCAAGGGCUUGGCGGAGCAGGAGGACGAAUUCGAGGACGCGAGCAGUUUCGUGCAGGCAGUUCUCGAUGCGAUGACGACAACAGUAGCAGGACUGAGGAGAAACAAGGAGAAAGAGAAGAGGAAAGCCAUGCUGACGUAUCAAGCUUUCCAUAGCGCCUGUGAACGGCUCUCUUGCUUCGACGAGAUCUCGUGCCUGUUUGAUCCCAAGCUGGUAAAGGACGGGCACGGGGACGAGGAGGACCAGGAGGAGGUGGUGGAUGCUGAUGAAGACGAGAGCGAUGACGGCAGCUUCGGUGAGGACAGUGGAGGAGACGAGAGCGAGGAUGGAGCUCGGGAGGGGGGAGGCGAGGGGGACGAGGACAUGGAAGAUGGCGCAAGGGCUGGGUCAUCGGAGGGAGAGGAAGGCGAGAAAGGGAAUCCAGAUGGAGUGGGAGAAGAGCGGGAGAGAAGGAAAUCCAGUGCUGAGGAUUCGGAGCAUGGCAAGGGGAAAAGGCAGCGGGGCUACAACGAGGACAAGGACGAGGACGAUCGAGUCCUGGGUGACAUCGAAGAGGAGGCAGAGAAUGACAUUGAGGAGGGGGGGUGCGGAGACGAGGAGGAGGAGGAGGAGGAGGAGGAGGAGGGUGGGGGCAAGGGAAACUCAAAGGCAGCAGGGAAGACGAAGGUGAAGGUGAAGGUGGAGGAGGGCGCACCCGAGGACAGUGAGGACAGGGAGGAGGAGGGCGAGGUGGAGUACACCACCAGGGAGAAUGAAACUCCAAGGAUCAUCGCUGCAAUGCUGAGGGUCAACUUAGACCGCGUCCUGGAGCUGAAUCGCAGCAAAUACCCCCAGCUGGUCCCUUGCUCGCGUUUCCGCCGAGGGACGAAACUGUUGCUCCCCAUGUCAGCGACGGAAUCGCCCAAGGGGAAGGAGCUGCUUGCGAGGAAGCGGCUGGUGAAGAUCUCGAAGCGCGGCAGGAAGCACAGGGGAGAUGGAGAGAGGAGGAGAGGGGGCAGGAGGGAGGAGUCAGGUGGGAAGUUGAAGGUCUGA